CAUUAGACCUACAGGCUACAGCGCCCCAGCUCUCUCUCUCCAAUUCAUUUCCCACUUUUGCUAAAGCUAAAAACAGAUUCCAAAAUUCGCCAAGUCACACAGCUAAGCUGCUGCACAAAAUCUCGCGCAAAGCAGCCAAUCACAAUCAAAUCUAGUUGAUCCGAUCCGAUCCAAUCGCUGGUGAUGAGCUCGGAUUCGUGCUCCGGCGGCGAGAACCCCGGAAGUAAGGGAGGCUCAACGUCGGACAAGGAGAAGCAGAAGGAGAAGGCGAGGGUGAGCCGGACCUCGCUGAUCCUCUGGCACGCCCACCAGAACGACGCAGUUGCGGUCCGCAAGCUUCUAGAGGAAGAUCGGUCCCUGGUCCACGCCAGAGACUACGACAACCGUACUCCGCUCCAUGUGGCCUCCCUCCACGGCUGGAUCGACGUCGCCAAGUGCCUGAUCGACUCUGGCGCCGACGUCAACGCUCAGGAUCGCUGGAAGAACACCCCUCUAGCUGAUGCUGAAGGAGCUAAAAAGCACAGCAUGAUUGAACUGUUGAAAUCAUAUGGUGGCUUGUCGUACGGCCAAAAUGGAAGCCAUUUUGAACCAAAGCCUGUUCCACCCCCUCUGCCAAACAAGUGUGACUGGGAAAUUGAACCUUCUGAGCUGGACUUCUCAAACUCGGCUAUUAUCGGCAAGGGAUCUUUUGGUGAGAUUUUAAAAGCCUAUUGGCGUGGAACACCUGUAGCCAUCAAACGCAUUCUUCCAUCACUUUCAGAUGACAGAUUGGUGAUUCAGGACUUUAGACACGAAGUUAAUUUGCUAGUGAAGCUUCGUCACCCUAAUAUAGUCCAAUUUCUUGGAGCUGUCACAGAGAAGAAGCCCCUUAUGUUAAUUACCGAGUAUUUACGAGGGGGUGAUCUUCAUCAGUACCUCAAGGACAAAGGUUCACUUAAUCCUUCAACAGCUAUCAACUUUGCUCUGGACAUCGCAAGAGGCAUGGCUUAUCUUCACAAUGAACCAAAUGUCAUAGUUCACCGGGACCUAAAACCAAGGAAUGUUCUUCUAGUCAAUUCCAGUGCAGACCAUUUGAAAGUUGGAGAUUUUGGACUAAGCAAGCUCAUUAAGGUUCAGGAUACUCGUGAUGUCUACAAAAUGACUGGAGAGACUGGAAGUUACCGGUAUAUGGCUCCUGAAGUUUUCAAGCAUAGGAGAUAUGAUAAGAAGGUUGAUGUUUUCUCUUUCGCGAUGAUACUGUAUGAGAUGCUUGAAGGGGACCCACCACUUGCAAGUUAUGAGCCUUAUGAAGCAGCAAAAUAUGUGGCUGAAGGGCACAGGCCUUCGUUUCGCUCAAAAGGAUACACCAAUGAACUGAGAGAGUUAACUGAGCAGUGUUGGGCGCCUGACAUGAACCAAAGACCCUCUUUCUUGGAAAUCCUCAAGAGGCUGGAAAAGAUCAAGGAAAAUCUACCGACUGACCAUCAUUGGCACUUAUUCAAUACAUAACAUUCAAGACCUAUGUUACGGUCAGUACGUGGAUAAUAUGUUUGCCUUUUCUGCCAGUCAUCUCCUGUACUCCCAAUUGAGCAGAUGUGAUUACGAAUAGACUCAAUUGGUAGUUUGCAAGAGAAAUAGGGAUGACUAGGUUACCGACUGUUCGAAUUCUUAUCGUUACCUGAGUAGAUGAUGUUGAUUAAUUUCCAGAUUUUCUAAGAUUAUCAUGUAUUAUCUUGAUCUGAAUUAGCCUGUCAAAGAGUCUUGUCCAAAUUAACAUAUAUAUAAUACAUUUCAUCAUUUGACUGGA